AUGAAUGGAAAAUGUAAGUGUUUAAAAUAUAAACACUUUUUAUCCUUGGACAGUUUCAGGAUCAAGCGUAACGGUGAACUAACGAAGACAUGCAUCAAAUGCCUCGAUGCCGGCAAGGCACUGCGGGAGCGUGCGAAGUGUCCCCAUGGCAGGCGUAGGGAUCAGUGUAAAGAUUGUGGGGGAAUUCAUAUUUGCGAACAUGAAAGGGUGAGGGUCUAUUGUAAGGAUUGCAGUGGAGGUCGGUAUUGUUACAUGAAAGGGGACUGCGGGGGAAGUCAGAUUUGCCCGCAUCAAAAGGAAAGGCCUAAAUGUAAAGAAUGUGGCGGUAGUCAAAUAUGCCCCCAUCAAAGGGUGAGAUCCACCUGUAGGGAUUACAGAGGUGGAAGCAUCUGCAGCGAGCAUGGUAGGCGAAGAUCAGAGUGCAAAGAAUGCGAUGGUGGAAAUAUCUGCCACCAUCAAAAACAUAGAGCAAUAUUCCCCAUUUGCAACCCUACCGGGCAUCUGGCUGGUGGUCCAUUACCCCCGCACAAGUUUAAAAUUAGGGGCAAUACUUUAACAAAAAGUUGCAUAGCCUGCUUAGCUAAAGCCAAGGAGAGGCGGGCUGUAGCAAAUAGAGAUAUUGAGGAUGUUAAAAUGGAUCCCCUUGCCAUUGAUAGGGAAAUUGGAGGUGUUAACAGGAUGAAAACUACCUAA